UGAGCAGCGGAUCAUAACUGUACAGCUUCAUAAGUGAACGGAUGAAACUCUCUUUCUCCUCUUGGACAUCUCAAGAAUGCUGUUUUUGGGAAUUAUGUCUCGACAAAAGCAGAAUUUGCUGUGGCUGAUGAUCGUCUGUUGUGCUUCAAGCCAGAUAACCUGCUCGAAAAUAAUGAUCAUCGGAGACAAUUUGACAUACUUAAAUAGAUCAACUUGCGCAGCUGUAAACCUGACAUGUCCACCAGCUGCUGAAACACUGAUAGGGAAUUUUUGCAUAAUGAAUGUCAAACAAAACACCACUUCCCGGGGACAAUGCAAAACCUCAGACAAAACAUACUUUUUCAACAUAACAAACAACUGGGAGAAAUAUGAAGUCAGAAUGAACGAGAUGGUUAAAGGCAUAAAAAUGUGUUUUUUACUAAAUGAAUCUGAAUGUCUACCAUCAUCAGUCCUGAAUUCAACAGAUCAUUUUGUGACCAACACCGUGACAACUGGCUCUCUGACAACUAGCACCACCACCAGCUGCAAUGCAAAUAACCAAAGACCACUAGGUUGUCUGAAAAUCCUUCCUGUUGAUCCUGGAGAGAGAUGUACAAACGCUACAUAUGACAGUGAUACAUGCAGCGGGCAAGAAGGAAGCAAAUAUGUUCUGCAUUUUAAUGGGAGUAAAUGGAUGUGUGUAAUCUGUGUUAAUGAAAGUUCAACUACUGUCAGACCGCCGUCAUCCACCACCACUAACAAACCAACUACCAGUGUCACAACACAUGAGACAACUAACAAACCAAUUAGCACUGUUGCACCACCCGAGAUUAUCAUCAAUAUACCUACAGAAAAUACAACAGACAAGAGUAAACCACUUGAACCCUCAAAAGCAUCAGAGACUAUGGAGAAAAUGGACUCCCUGGUGGAACAGAUGGAAAAAAGCAAUAAAAGCAAUGCAGCGAUUGUGAUGGGGGAUAUUAUUGGUGUUCUUCAAAGACAAGCCAAGAACACAGAAAGCAAAGACAUUAAAAUAUGCUACUCUUCAAAUCAGAACAUGAUCAACGUUGUUGAUAAAAACCUGAAUGCGACUUUCCCUGGUCUGUAAACGUUCCUAGCGAGGCCUUUGACAAAUCACGUCUUGAAAACAAUGGAACUGCAUUUGUUGGAGUUUUACGGUUCUUAAAUAUGAAAAUGAGAAUGAAACUGUUUUGAACAAUGAGGUUUAUGGAAUAACGAUGGGCGCCAAUAUCUCCAACCUUACCAACAAAAUAGAAAUGUUCAUUAAAAAGGAAGAUCUGGCAAUGAAGGUCGAUAAUGUGUCCUGCAGUUCUUGGGAUGGAAAAGGAAAUCUUACAUGGACGACGUCCGGCUGUGAGACAGAAAAAUCGACAAUAACACCAUAAAGUGCUCGUGUUCACAUCUGACGUUCUUUGCAGUGCUGAUG